UAAUGAUGAUGAGCAUCCGACUUUAAGCCAAAUCAAUCGCACUCUGCCCAAGGCCCCCCUUGUCUGACCUCCCUCCGGUUCACGUCGCACAGUCACGCCCGUUGCAUGCGCCCGUCUCCUGCAGUCUCCCAGCGAAUAGUGCAUCCAGCGGAGUGACCACAUGGUUUGCAUGUGCUAUUCACGUCGCGCUCGACACGCCGGCGCCGACACAUGCAACUGCGUGAGUGACAUUCCAGCGGCCCCACGCCCAUAGCCGCCUCCCAUAGUUCUGGAUUUUGGGCGGCCCAGCGUUCCAGACAAUGGACGUCGACAGCCAGCAACCACCGGCUGCAGGUGCUCAGGGAGCUGCAUACACGAACAGGGUCCCCGCCGAGCACGCGCUUGAUAGUCCGGCGAACCAGGCGAACCAGGCGAACCAGGCCAACCAGGCCAACCAGGCGAACCAGACCUUGCGGUCGCGCCGCAGAACAUCGCUGCCCUCGUCUACCAAGAGCUCGACGCUCUCUGUGGACACCAGCACGCGGCCGUCGAAGAAGCGCUCGCCCAACUACAUCCGCACACAGGCUGCCUCGCCCGAGGUCAUCUCGUCGCUCAUCGACCAGCUCUCCGCCAUCUCGGCUUCCACCCAGAGCCAUUUUGAGAACCUGCCCAUUGGCUACGGAACCAGCGCCUCGGUGGCUGUCAGCCCCAGCCCGCACCUGUCCCGGAGCAGCAAGACGUCGGUCGCGGGCCACAAUGGCAGCGCUGACGACCGCUCGCCCUACUACAGCGCCAUAAGGGACCAGAACGACCUCUACCCGGACGACGCAUGCGAGCCGCCCGUCAUUCGCACCUCGAAGCCACCCUCGGGACUGUCGCCCAUCACCGCACCACCCCAGACACGCAAGGACAAGACGCACUCGCUCAGCAGCUACAUUGGCCGCAGCGGCGGAAGCUCGGCCUCGAUACACUCUUGCCACUCAAAUCGCUCCUCGAACAGCUUUGGUAACAUCAGCAUUGAGGCGGGCCCAAUUGCCUCCAAGCCUGUUACGGCUGGUGGAGGUGGCAGCAACAGGUCGUCUGCCGAGAGCAAGAGAAGCGUCAAGCGGCCGAGGAGUCUGAUGUACAUGAGCUCGCGGGAGCGCCUAAAGCAGAAAGAGACCGACGGUCGCAAACGCUUGGAGGAGACGGCAUCGCCAGACUCCCCGCGAAAGCCCGCAUCGCAGCUGUUCCCGUACGAGGAUACGAUCAAGGAGGAGCCAGUGACGAAAGAGGAGCAUGAGCCGCUCGUCAUCGCCGAAUCCUCGAGAUUUGCGCAGCGGUACCCGAGCAGAAGCUCCAGUCCCGCACGUCGUAUACGCAUGAACUUGGUGGAUGGGCCAGACGGCGAAAGUCCAAUCGAGCAAGGCCUAAUUCCAGACCGAAGCUCGUCCUUGAGACACGGCAGUCCAUCGAAGAAGAGCAAAAGGAGAAGUUCUAACAAGCACAAGGACAAAGGAAAGGACGCCGAACGACCAAAGACGAUUGCAGUCACGGUACCGGAGGAGCCAGCAACACCCGAGAUGGAUCCAGAAGAGGCGCGAAAGCAGAAACUGCUGAUGGAGUUGGAGCAGGAACAAAAUGAAGUUGCGCGAAGAAUCAAGCAACUGAGGGAACAAAAGCUUUUAAGAGACAAGAUUGCUGGAAAGCUGCCUGCAGAUAGUGAUGCAGGUGCAGGGGCUGCUGUGGUCAAGCCUCAUGUUUCAGGACUCCCGAGCCCUGAAGACUCGCCUACAUCAAUCGUAUCACCCACGUCGGAAGAGCGAGAUCAGGAUUACACAAAGGCGCACAAACUUCUGGGGGUUUUUGUGCCACCUGUUGGGCGGUCCUCGACGGAGAGCAACUUAAACAAGCCUCUACCGAGCAUCGGACCGCGAGAGCCGACACGACCAGCGCCUUUACCGCCGCAUCUGCGACAUUCGCGACACAGAAGCUUGACUGUGAAUGACGGCGAUGAUCUACUACUGCCGAUCAACUACGCUCUGGCACUCAAAAGCUUGGACUCAUCAGCGCCAAACUCACCACGAACGCCUCGCGUGGACUCCACGCACACGGCUCUGCCUCCACCUCCAAGCAUCAGCGUUGCGUCUUCCCAAGGUACGGGUUCUAGCAGAGACGGACUCCAGCGAUCUAGUUCCCUUUCAGUUGGCGGAAGAUCUGCAUUUGGGCGCAAGGCAAACAGCUUGGUAAUGAGUGGGUCGAAAGGCCACAAACACUCAGCCAGCCUGACCGAGGAGAGACCGCCUGUCUUGCGCUCUGGCAGUGAGGAGAUCUCCUCAGGGCGGCAUUCAUCACUCAGCAUGACAUCAGCCUCGAAUAGCUUCUCAUUGCAGCAAAAGAGAACACUCAAGAAGAAGCGAUGGUCGCACCCUGACUUGCCAGCUAAGGCGGAGAAGGCUCACAAUAGCAAAGUGGAUGCAGCGGAAGCGGCAGAAGCAAGAGCAUCACAAUACCCGGUAAACCCCUGGAGUCCAGUCAUAGAGGAGCGACCUACCUCUUUGGACUCAGUGGACAUGGAUGUGGAUGCAUACUUGCAUUCACCAAGACUAUCGCAGAAGAUACGACACCCACAAACAGGGAGGAUCAUAUCGUUUUCGGAGGUUGGCGAUCCUAAUGGCUAUGCGAUCUUUGUGUGCGUUGGCAUGGGUCUGACGAGAUUUGUGAUGGCCUUCUACGACCAGCUUGCUGUGACGCUGAAGCUGCGUUUGAUCACACCAGAGCGUCCGGGAAUUGGAGGGAGUCAAGUCGAUCCCAACGGGACUCCACUGACAUGGCCUGACGAUGUGCUCAUCAUAUGUCAAGCCCUGAAGAUCACCAAAUUCUCGCUGCUGGCUCACUCGGCAGGCGCCAUCUACGCUCUUGCAACAUCGUUACGGAUGCCACAACACAUUCGCGGACGAGUGCACCUCCUCGCACCCUGGAUCCCACCAUCUCAAAUGGCGCCGAUUGGCAUCGGCCGAGACUCACCGCCUACCCAACAACUCCCACGAUCACAACGCUUCCUCCGCGCUCUCCCCGUCUCCCUUCUCAGAGUUGCAAACUCCACCUUCCUCAGCGGCACAAGCGCCUCCCUCCAACGCACAGGACCCACGAAAGCCCCCAAAACACGGCGGAAGAGCAUAGCACCACAGACCAUGAACCGCACCGAAACGCCACCACCGCGACCAUUGCUGAAAGACAACCGGCGCGAGUCUAUGCUGAUGAUGGACCGAAUCCUCCCCAACGCCAGCACCCUCACCCUAACCGUAUCCAACACUCACGAUCCCGUAGCCGAAAAAGCACGCCUCGAAGCCCUUUCCCUCGCUGAACGCGAACGCCAACAUGCCUUCGAUGAGCGUCUCACGUUUGCAAUCUGGGACCGCGCAACCGCCAACGCGAAUCCGGCCACUGACCUCAUCGUCUGUCUCGAGACCAAGCAGACCAUCGGGUUCCGCUAUGAGGACAUCAACCGCCCAGUCGUCAUCCACCACGGCAGCAAAGACUCGCGUGUGCCUGUGGAUAAUGUACGGUGGCUGGGCAAGCUGAUGCGGAAGUGCGAAGUCAGAAUUUUGGAAGGCGAACAGCAUGGUCUCAUGGCGAGCGCACAGGUCAUGGGGAACGUGUUGACUGAGAUGGCGGGCGAUUGGGAGGAUUGGACGGCUGUGGUGAAGCAGGCGAGUGUGUCUGAUUUGAGGAGUAUGGUGAGGCGGAAAGCCAGCUACGCCUAAACACCUACAACCUAGUGAAACCUGAAGUCUGGAAGAAUUGGGACUGAAGAGACGGAUUAGAAGCAACAACGACACUCCCUUGUACGACUGAGCGAGCGAGCGAGCCAUGCACGCAGCUCUUGGCUCGAGAUACGGCCGACCCAGCGAGAUUUUAAGGCCGAUUUGAUCUCUUUGGUCCAUCUCUACCCCCUUAUAUUGUCUAAUUUUGCCUUUCCUUUGUCGCUAUACCCCCUGUACAUACUAGAUCGGAGAUGGAUAGGUUGGCAUGUGGGUAGAUCUGGGCCAUGAUGGAGGGCUUGAUCGCAACCUGAAUGAAUAGUCAAUUCACAAG